AUGUGUCUCGAACAAGCGCAGCGUAUCCAGAAGGUUGAGUAUCGACCGCCUCCCAAGUGUACCGGCCCCAAGUAUCCGACCAUCAUGGGGGUGACGCCUAAUCGACUGAAGCCGAAACCGAAGGUGGCCGAGGUGAAGAAGCGGGAGAAUAGGCGGACGAGGGCUUUGAAGACGCUGAGAAAUCCUGAUAGGAUGUUUUUGAAGUGGAAGGGUACAAAGAGUUAUGCGCGGAUGAGAAUGUUUAGACGGUUGAAUGGGUGUUUGAAGGUUCUUCAGUUGAGUGGGACUAAUCAGACGGGCACAAUGCUUGCAGACAUACCAGAACAGAAGCCUCUGGAGAUUGAGUACAAGCCGAUGUAUCGCCUGAAGGAGAUCAGGAGGGCGUCGAUGUUACUUGCUCGUCCUAAACCUAAGAGACCAGUGUCAGAAUUGUCAAUCGCAAGUAUCGACAGCGUCUUGUCGACCAACCGAAAGCGCUACUCCAAUGCCUCAAUAUACAGUAGACCCAUGAGUACAGCCCAGCCAUCUCCUGCAUUUUCUACAGAAAACAGCUCUGGUCAAAGUUCAGAGAAUGUUUCUUUGCGUGCUUCUUUAGUUCCGUACAGAGAAUGGUGGGCUUUCUUGCAGUCAACCCCCAACCCUUUCAGAGAAGAAGAGCCCAACGAUGAACGCACCAAUUGUGACGCCCAAGCAACCCUCAUUCACAGACAUGCUCACAACUCCCGCAGAGAAUAUUCUUUGUUUUCUUCCACCCACAGAAAUUCUCUCCACUCUUCUCGCGUCUUCAAAGCGCCUGAAGACAACUACACGACUCCGCCUUCGCCAACAGGUUCAGAUCUUACGAUUACCCCGUCUCGCUAUACGUUCGCUCAGAAUAUGACUGAGUCGAAGUCGUCUUCGCAGGAUCUUUUGUCAAAUUCUACGCGCUCCAAGGGUCUGGGAGUGGAGAAGGCUGAAAGCGUUUCAGACUCAAAGAACAAAGACACCUACCACGGCGACAAACGUGACUCGCGAGCUCAGCAAGGACAAAUAUUGACAAUGGAGGCCUCGAAGGUGGAAAAGCCACAGUCGCAGCUGAGCCCUAAGGAUACAAGCACGGUCAAUGACGAAAUCGCACCGGAUAGCGCGAAAAUCCAGAUCACACGUAAACCUACCGGCGGAACGGGUCCUCGUGGGCCCCGGACUCCUGCCCCAAAAACGUACCCUGGCCUGACCAAGGGAGCACGUGCCACGCCCAGCGCAAUUCCUAUUUCCGUCCGCAGGCUGAGCACCGAGGCUGCUGAUAUCAUACAGCGCACUUCAAACGGGGGCUUUGCUGGUGGCAUUCGCAUUCUGGAUAAGCCUUCUGGUCCACGUUCCCAUCCUGCUGGGGAGCCUACCAGCCCAUCCGUUCCAGAAUCUAUUCCAGAGACCAGGAAGGUAUCGGACAACUCAACGUCUUCCUCUUCCGUCGGUGAUUGGGACUUGGAAUAUGGCGAGGAGGAAAUGCAGAAGCCGCCCACUGUCUUCACUGGCGAAUACCGUACUCGUCCCACUGAGAGGAUGGGGCAGUAUCGCUACGGGCCUACGUUGAAGAUCGCUGGGUCAGCGGACAACAUUAUUAUGGGAACAGCCGACGAUGGCUCGAAAUCGUCCCUCGCUACUCAAAGGUCGUCUCCCGCGCGCGUGAAGUACAUCGAGACUUCCAAAUCUGGCUCGUCUCAAGACAACGACGACAAACCCAAGGGUCAGGCCGACCAGGUCAAGGACCAGCAUACCCCUGAGCAGCAGUCACCGACCAGAAACUUCUGUCGGCCGCAGAUAUCCCUUGAGAAUCUACCGAAGAGAGACAUCAGCAACCGUGAGCUGUCGGUGGCGCGCAAGCCUCUCAACCGUCCCAGUCUCUCCAAUCUUCUCGUCCCUAGCGCUGAUAAAUUGCACGCUGAGACUACUCCGCCCGUUCCGAAAGUGCUUGUGUCCGGAGACAGCGUGCACACGUCCUCACCUCAGUCUCAGUCCCCUAAGGAGAACGAAGACGCGACGCCGACACACACUCCUCACCAACGUAACGCUUCGUCCCACGUGUCAACUCCUGCUACGACUCCUGAGCAGAUGCUCAAGAAUAUGCCUUUGCGAUCUCACCCGCCGCCGCGUACCUCCUCGCUGCAGGCUGUGGCUGAUUUCCCUAUGCAUUCAGAGUCGGACGCUAAUCCGAAAACUCCUGGUGAGGAGUCGGGCAAGGAGAAUGAUACACCGCAGCUGAAGCGAGAUGCCUCUAUCGUGAACAUCCCUGAGAUUAAAGAGCAAGACCAGACUCGUUCAGUUGGAACGCCCCGUAUUCCCGAUUCCAAGGGCACUAGGAUGCUUGAUAGCUUCCGCAACAUCUUCAAGCACAAGAGCGGUACGGAGAAGGGACGCACUAGAAAGGAGGAGUCAGGCCACAUCCCACGCCUUACUAAAGACCAAUCCAUCGUCAGCAUGAAAUCUGUCAAGAACGUCGACGAAAAGGCUGAGUCGGUUAAAGCCUCGCCUACAACCAAACCCAGAUUGUCCGACGGCGUUGGUUGGAGCAAAGUCACUCGUAACCCUAAAACCUCGGGCGAAUAUUCUCCUGCGCUCGUGCCAACACCGAGCUCUACGAUCUCGACCUCCGCGUCCAUUCCGAGCCCCCUGAGCCGCAACGCCCCCGACGACCGCACUCCGUCUUUCGCGAGGCCGACGCAGUCCACUCGUACAAAGGCUAGUACACCAGGUUCCAAGCCCCAAUUGUCUGUUGGUCAGGAUGGCCACACUCGCAGGGUAAUCCAGGGCGUGUCUGCUUCUACUGGAAGUCCACAGCGUCUUCUCCGUACCGGUACUAAGCGUCCGAGCAUUGCAUCGACCACUAACAGAACUGCUCUCAAUCAGCCACGCUCGACUAUCCCAGUCAAUAACCAGGAAAAUACCUCGCCCGGUGUCGCUAAGCAGCCCGAAUUGGCGCCGAAAUCGUUCAAGGAAAUACGUUCUUUCAUUGACGAGCUCUGCACCAAAGCUCGCGAUGAGAGCACCCCUGCUGAGCGGGAGAGACACCUUCGUUUGGCUCUUGCUCUUCAGCAGCAGCUUAGUGAUUACUAUAGCGUCGAGAAGGAAGCAGAGGAAGCCCUGAUUCUGAUGAAAGCCAAAAAGGCUGACAAGGAUACUGCCCAAGAUACUCUUUUCAACUUCUUUGUGCAGGUUCGGGCUCAGAUAGAGGAGCAGUAG